CCUCCUCCCCGGAGAAGAGACAAAAGCACAAGGAGAGUGGUGUUUUGUUUUGUUGAGGCGCCCUUGGCGGCUUGCGCGGCGAAGGAAUAAAGAGGCUGCGUACUUAUUCGCUCGCUCCCCGACAAACCUCCGAACUCGAGUCGCAAUUAGCGUGGUGGAAGGAGCGGAGAGGGUAGGCGAGCCUGCCCGAUGAGGACACCGACGCGAGGCGGACAAAAGGCUUCGCUUUUGUCGGUCGCCAGAUCACGCCCUGCUUUGGCUUUCGUGGAGGAUGGAUGGUCGACAGUCUUGGGAGGCUCGGAGCGCUGGAGUCGUUGCAUAUCUCGGCAAAUCUUGAACUGAGAGAGGGAGAGGGAGACGCCUUCCUAACAUCUCAGGUGGCGAGCUUUUGGAUCCGUUGCAGGAGGGGUUGAUGGGGACGUCAUGCUCCUGAUGAACUAAAACCAUCCUUGAGGUCUUCUGUGUUUGUUCUUUUUGGGCUCUCGCCCUUGUCGACUGCUUCUUCUCAAGGUUGUCUGCCUGUUCCGGGGCUCUCCUCUGUCUUGCUGCUACCUAGCUAUCCUUCCUCUCUUUUAGCUUGUAGCAGUUGCUUCCUGGCUGGGAGCCCCGUCUGCUGCUCCUUUGUUUGCUAUCCGUGCUGUGCUGUCGACGGCGGCCUCGCUGGAGAAGGAGAAGCGGGCGGCGAUGACGCCUUUGACGGCCAACGUUGCCCGAGACGAGGGGUCGUCGUCGGUGACUUCGUCCCCUCUCAAGACCUUUUCCCUGAUGUCGCUCUCCCCUCCUCCCCUCCCACCAUACGCCCCGUGGUUGCGGGAGCUGAAGUCCGACGAGCGCGGCCUCUGCCUCAUCCACCUCCUCCUCAACUGCGCCAACCACGUCGCCGCCGGCAGCCUCGACCGCGCCAACGCCUUCCUCGAGCAGAUCGCUCUGCUCGCUGCCCCCGACGGCGACGCCAUGCAGCGCAUCGCCUCUCACUUCACCGAGGCCCUCGCCCGCCGCGCCCUCCGCCUGUGGCCGGGCCUGUACCACGCCAUCGACUCCACCCGCACCGUCCUCCUCCCCCUCGCGGAGGCCGCAGCCGCCCGCCGCCACUUCCUCGACCUCUGCCCCUUCCUCCGCCUGGCUUUCGUCGUCACCAACCAGGCGAUCAUGGAGGCGAUGGAGGGCGAGCGGGUGGUCCACAUCGUCGACCUCAAUGCGUCCGACGCCACCCAGUGGAUCUCCCUGCUCCAAGGCCUCCGGGCGCGGCCGGAGGACCCGCCGCACCUGAAGAUCACCGGCGUGCACGAGCACAGGGAGCUGCUCAACCGCACGGCGGUGCGCCUCUCUGAGGAGGCCGAGCGGCUCGACAUCCCAUUUCAAUUCAACGCCGUGGUGAGCAGGUUGGACAACCUCGACGUCGAGAGCCUCCGGGUCAAGACCGGGGAGGCAUUGGCCAUCAGCUCGGUCCUCCAACUGCAUUCCUUGCUCGCAAGCAACGACAGCGCCAGCGACCCGCGAAAGGCCCAAAGAGUCGCGCCGAUCAGCCAGCUAAACUUAGGCGAAUUCCUGGACAAGGAUCACGCCGCCAACGGACACAGCUCGAGCGUGGAGUCGGCAUUGUCGUCGCCCUUCGCGUCGGCAUCAUCACCGGCGAGGAUGGACAGCUUCCUGGCGUCGCUGUGGGGUCUGUCGCCCAAGCUCAUGGUGGUGACGGAGCAGGAGGCCAACCACAAUGCGCCGGCGCUGAGCGAGCGGUUCGUGGAGGCGCUCUUCUACUACGCCGCCAUGUUCGACUGCCUGGACUCCACAGUGCCGAGGCAGUCCAUCGAGCGGCUGAGGGUGGAGAAGAUGCUGCUGGGGGAGGAGAUCAAGAACAUCAUAGCGUGCGAGGGAUGGGAGAGGAAGGAGCGGCACGAGAAGCUACAGAAGUGGGCGCAGCGGAUGGACUCGGCGGGGUUCGGCAUGGUGCCACUGAGCUACUACGGGCUGCCGGCCAGGAGGCUGCUGCACAGCUUUGGCUGCGACGGCUACAAGGUGAAGGACGAGAACGGGUGCUUCAUGGUGUGCUGGCAAGAUCGAUCGCUCUACUCCAUCUCAGCAUGGAGGUGCAAGCGCUACGAUUGAUUCGAACACUUCCUUCUUCCUCUUCCUCUUGUUCGUAGUUUGGUUUCAUUUCACGUGAACUGUUCCGUUCUUGUUCAUGUACAUAAAUCAUUUUUUGCCCAAUUGAAUGAUCAGAUGCUUUCUCUCUUUUCUAUCA